AUGGCCGACGUGGUCCAGAUUGUCGACGGCUUCAGCCUGACCAACCGUUGGCUGCUGUACACGUCCUUUAUGCUCGCGCCCGCGCAGUUCCUCGGCGGCGUGGCCAACAACUGCCCGUCCAACAUUGGCUUCCUGGCGUACAACUGGUACACGCAGGUGCAGUGGUACUUUGCGUGCCAGAACCGCGAGCUGCACGCGCUGUCGCUCCUGCCCGUGCACUUCAACUUCAUCUACGCCUUUUCCUACCUCGGCGGCAUCACCUCGGGCAACAUCUUCAUGGGCGUCUUCCUCGGGCUCGGCACCGCGGGCGUCAUGAUCCUCAACAACGUCUCGGCGUGGAUUGCCUGGCAGUCGAACCAGCCCGAGGGCUUCGGCGUCUACGAGUUCUUCUUCUUCGGCUGGCGCAAGCUGAGCCCCGGCUGGCACAAGUUCAUCAUGGUGUGGAUGAUUGGCGACUCCUUCACGGCGCUGCUCUGCAUCGUCAUCGCCAUCAGCGUGUCGAUAUACGUCGCGCGGCUCGACGAGGACGAGGACCUGCCCGAGGUGUUUGGCGAGGUCGGCUGGAUGUCGCCCGCCGCGCAGGUGCAGGCCCUGCGGUACCCGGCCAUCGUCGUCGGCGCGGCGCUCAUGCUCGUCUUUGGCUGGCCCGUCAUCAUGUGGACGGAGCUGAUUGUCGCGCGCAACCACAUCCGCUCCGACACGGACUGGGUGGCCGUCUGGCUGUUUGUCGCGCAGGUCGUGACCAUGGUGGUGCCGAGCUGCGGCACCACCCUGGGCUGCUUCCGCGGCGCGGCGCGCGCGACUUUGUAA